AUGACUUUCUAAUCACUUCACACUCAAGUUGACGAAUAUGAGAUCACCCACUCAUACAAUACAAAAGAAUAAGGGUUUGCCAAUUAAGAAAAGAGGCAACCCUGACCUUCUUCAGAAGCAAUUUCUCUCAUCUCUUGAUCUCAAUCAACCAGCACAAAUUGAACCGCAAGAUCAAUACAAUUUUGAGGUUGAACAAACAAUGACGGAGAUACAAAAAGGAAGUAUCAUUGAGUCAGAUGUGAAUGAGAAUAUCGAUCCGUCGCAUAAAUCAUCAUCAAAAUUGAGCUCCGACAAUUUACACCCUAUUGUGAUGGGAUGUACGUUUUGCUUGAUGUUUGUGAUGGCUUCCAAAGCUGACCCCAAAUGCCCAGAGUGUAAAAAGACCUUGAUGAUUAUUAACAGUGUUUAAGUGAAUCGUGGAAAAAGAAGAAAAAGCAUUAUGUUUAUGUAAUUUUUUAAGAGAUUUAUGUUCUAUUUGUUGUCGUUUGUUUAAUUAAUUUUUAAAUUAAUAAAAGUUUGAUGUUCUUUUUGAUUGUCGUUUAAAUUAUAGUUAUA